AUGUCUAACCUGAAAAAUUCUGCAAGAUUGCAGAAGAAUGCCAACCCAUUCUCAGAUGACGACGAGAAUGACUUGAUAGAUCUUGAUUUGACAAACCCUUAUGAGGACUACGAUCCGCAGCACGAAUAUCCUCGGGUGCUGAGCUCAAAUCAGAGAGGAGAAGCAUCGAACCCUUUCAACGACCAAUUUGUGAUAUCUGACGAUGAGGAUGGGGAAGAGGACUACAUACCCAAUGGGAGGCCAGUGAACUCUGCAAAGAAGCAUAGCUCGCAUCCAAUCACACGGAACGAUUCACACCCAACUAGCGAUUUUAUAGGAAGAGACACUUCAGAGUAUGUGAACUUGAAUAGAGAACAGCCCAAGGACUUUGAUAUAAGACACAUUUUUCAAAGAUUCAAAAGUAAGAUUACGGGACAAAGUCUGCCCGUUGGUGGUGGUGGUGGUGGUGGUGGUGGCUCGAGAUCGAAGGAACCUAGGGAGAUACUUAUAAUGGACCACGCCGCUAACUCCGGACAAGGAUACUAUGGAAAUCACAUUUCAACAACAAAGUACAACUUUGCAACAUUUUUGCCGAAGUUCUUAUUCGAACAAUUCAGCAAAUAUGCCAACUUGUUUUUCUUGUUCACAUCAAUAAUUCAACAAGUGCCACACGUCUCGCCUACGAAUCGGUACACAACUAUCGGAACUUUGAUCGUGGUGUUGUUUGUGUCUGCUAUAAAGGAAAUUCUGGAGGAUUUAAAACGAGCCAAUGCUGAUAAGGAGCUAAAUAAUACGCGAGUCUUGGUCCUUGAUCCAGUUUCCGGUGAUUUCGUCUUGAAAAAGUGGGUUAAAGUUGAGGUUGGUGAUAUAGUCAGGGUGAAUAACGAAGAGCCAUUUCCUGCAGAUUUGAUCUUAAUCAGUUCUUCCGAGCCAGAGGGGCUUUGUUACAUUGAAACUGCCAAUCUAGAUGGAGAAACCAACUUAAAAAUUAAACAAUCAAGAGCGGAAACUGCUCACUUGAAAAGCGCCGGCGAUGUAAUACGAGGAUUUUCAAAUGCCAAGGUGCUAUCUGAACAGCCAAAUUCAUCUUUGUAUACGUACGAAGGGAUUCUAAAGGGCUUUGAGAAUGGUAGGGAUAUCCCCUUGUCUCCUGAACAGCUAUUACUAAGAGGAGCCACGUUGCGUAAUACGCAGUGGGCCCACGGUAUUGUCAUAUUCACCGGUCAUGAAACGAAACUCAUGAGGAAUGCUACUGCAACACCAAUAAAACGGACCGAUGUGGAGCGGAUAAUCAAUCUUCAAAUUAUUGCUUUGUUUUGUGUUUUGAUUGUACUUGCGUUGGUAUCAUCUAUAGGAAAUGUUAUCAAAACAAAGGCUAACAGUGGUGAUUUAGGUUAUUUGCAUUUAGAAGGAACUUCGUUGGCUUUACUUUUUUUUCAAGAUUUGUUGACCUUUUGGAUAUUGUUUUCCAACUUAGUACCUAUAUCGUUAUUCGUCACGGUGGAGUUGAUAAAGUACUAUCAGGCAUUUAUGAUUGGAAGUGAUUUGGACAUGUAUUAUGAGGAGACCGAUACUCCAACCGGUGUUAGAACCUCUUCUCUCGUUGAGGAGUUGGGUCAGAUCAAUUACAUAUUUAGCGACAAAACCGGUACCUUGACGCGAAAUGUGAUGGAGUUCAAAGCCUGUUCUAUUGGUGGGAGGUGUUAUAUCGAAGAGAUUCCUGAAGAUGGACAUGCACAAAUCAUCGAUGGCAUUGAAAUUGGGUACCAUACAUUUGACACGUUACGCUCAGACUUUACAAACAGUUCUUCCCAACAAUCUGCAAUUAUAAACGAAUUUCUCACCUUGCUAAGCACAUGUCACACGGUAAUCCCUGAAGUUGAUGGCGCCAAUAUCAAAUACCAAGCAGCGUCUCCAGAUGAGGGUGCUUUGGUGCAAGGCGCUGCUGACUUGGGAUUUAAGUUCAUUGUACGUCGGCCAAAGACUGUAACCGUUGAGAACACCCUCACUCAGAUGAAGUCCGAAUAUGAGCUCUUGAAUAUUUGCGAAUUCAACUCCACGCGAAAGAGAAUGUCUGCCAUAUUUCGCUGUCCAGACGGGGUUAUUAGAUUGUUUUGUAAAGGUGCCGAUACCGUUAUAUUGGAAAGACUUUCCAAAAAUGAACCGCAACCUUUUGUUGACGCCACUUUGAGACAUUUGGAGGAAUUUGCUGCUGAAGGGUUGAGGACGCUUUGUAUUGCAUCGCGAAUAGUUUCGGAAGAAGAGUACCAGCAAUGGAGUAAGAAAUACUACGAUGCCUCUACUUCGUUGCAUGAUCGUGGUGACAAAAUGGAUGCUGUUGCUGAGCUUAUUGAGACUGACCUAUUCCUUCUAGGCGCGACUGCCAUUGAGGAUAAAUUGCAAGAUGGUGUGCCAGAAACUAUACAAACGCUUCAGGAUGCAGGUAUCAAAAUCUGGAUUCUAACUGGUGAUAGGCAGGAAACAGCUAUAAAUAUUGGAAUGUCUUGUAAAUUGCUAAGUGAGGACAUGAAUUUGUUGGUUGUCAAUGAGGAAAACAAGACCAAUACAAGACUAAAUCUACAGGAAAAAUUAACUGCAAUUCAAGAGCACCAAUUUGACGGCGAAGACGAGUCUUUGGAGUCUUCCUUGGCUUUGAUUAUCGAUGGACACUCGUUGGCAUUUGCUUUGGAGCCCGAUUUGGAAGAUUUGUUUAUUGAGUUGGGCUCUCGAUGCAAGGCAGUUAUCUGUUGCCGUGUAUCCCCAUUACAAAAAGCACUUGUCGUUAAGAUGGUAAAGAGAAAAAAGAAACAGUCCUUGCUUCUUGCCAUUGGAGAUGGUGCUAACGAUGUUUCUAUGAUCCAAGCCGCACAUGUUGGUGUGGGAAUAAGUGGGAUGGAAGGUAUGCAAGCUGCGAGAAGUGCGGAUGUCUCCAUAGGCCAAUUCAAGUAUUUGAAAAAGUUGCUUUUGGUUCAUGGAUCUUGGUCUUAUCAGCGUAUUUCAAAUGCCAUUCUUUACUCCUUCUACAAAAACAUCGCCUUGUACAUGACGCAAUUUUGGUAUGUUUUUGCCAAUGCAUUUUCAGGUCAAUCGAUUGCUGAAUCGUGGACUUUAACGUUUUACAACGUUCUUUUCACUGUGCUUCCCCCAAUUGUCAUGGGAGUUUUUGAUCAAUUUGUUAGUGCAAGACAGUUGGUUAGGUAUCCACAAUUGUAUCAGUUGGGACAGCAGCGCAAAUUUUUCAAUGUUGCUAUUUUCUGGGGUUGGAUUUUGAAUGGAUUCUAUCACUCUGCUGUUAUAUUUCUUUGUUCGUUCUUUAUUUACAGAUACGGAAACGUCAUGUCCAAUGGUUUGACAACCGAUAACUGGGCCUGGGGAGUUGCAGUAUACACCACAUGUACCUUGACUGCUUUAGGGAAAGCUGCGUUGGUGGUGACUUUGUGGACAAAGUUUACGUUAAUUGCAAUUCCGGGCUCCUUUCUAUUGUGGCUAGCUUGGUUUCCUGCUUACGCGACAAUUGCGCCUUUGAUCAAUGUUUCCGACGAGUAUAGGGGAGUAUUGGCAGCAACUUACCCACUACUCAUGUUUUGGGGAAUGGUCUUUGGUGUUCCCGUCUUGUGUUUGUUGAGAGACCUUGCGUGGAAGUUUUACAAGAGGCAAACCAAUCCCGAGACUUAUCAUUAUGUGCAAGAGAUUCAAAAGUACAACAUACAAGAUCAUAGACCGCGUGUGGAGCAAUUUCAAAAAGCCAUCAGAAAGGUCCGUCAAGUGCAAAGGAUCAAGAAGCAAAGAGGAUUCGCUUUUUCCCUGGCUGAGGGCAAUGAUCAGGAGAAGUUGAUGCGGUUGUAUGAUACAUCGAAGCUGAGGCCUACGGAAAUGGCAGACACACCAGUGCCGGCAACCCCUGUAGAGUCUGCCGAAGGGAAGAAACUUUCCAACAAGGAACUCAAGGAAUUGAAAAAGAAGGAAAAAGCCGCUAAGAGAGCAGCGCAGAAGGAGAAAAAUGGUAUCACAGUGGAGCAACAACGACAACUAGCGGAUGAGAAAAAGAAGGUGUCUCAGUCUGCCAACACAGCUUCGAAUUUGAAAAAACAAUUGAACCAGACUCUUAUUACCACGGAUAAGAAAGUUCCACACUUGUUUGGCCACUUGGAAACUCGUGAGCAGCGGAAUGCAUCGUCGCCAGCAAUUUCCCAUAUUGUACAUCCAGCCAUCAUCGCCUUGACUUUGAAGUUUUCCAGUUAUAGUGUUGUCGGAUCACUGUCAAGAUUAGUGCAUAUGCUCCGCGUGUUUAAGGAGGUUAUUGAGGAUUACAAAACACCUGAAAAUACAACCUUAACCAGACACUUGACAGGUCACUUGUCGCAUCAGAUUGAAUACCUCAAGUCUGGGAGGCCAUUGUCCGUGUCAAUGGGAAAUGCCAUUAGGUGGUUGAAGCAAGAGAUUUCUCAUAUUUCCAUAGACAUGUCUGAGUUGCAAGCAAAAGAAUUACUUUGUCAAAAAAUUGACGAUUUUUUGAGAGAAAAGGUGGAGCUUUCAGACCAAUUGAUUGUUGAGAGUGCCUCGAAACACAUCACUGAUGGAGCUACAAUACUCACCUACGGUCAUUCUCAAGUAUUGGAGGAUCUUUUUAAGUUUUGUGCUCUGGAGCAAGGUAAAAAAUUCAAUUUGGUGAUAGUCGACUCGAGACCCUUGUUUGAAGGGAAAAAGUUGCUUCAGCGUUUGCUGAAGACGACAUGUGCUGAUAUUUCCGGUGGGGAUAUUCCAAUAACUCAGAGGUUUAUCACCGUUCAGUAUGUUUUGCUCAACGCUUUGUCGUCCACGCUAUUGGACGAUGUUGAUUGUGUAUUCUUGGGUGCUCAUGCAAUGCUUUCGAAUGGACGGUUAUUUUCAAGAGUUGGUACAGCAAUGAUUGCAAUGAUGUGCCACACGAGGAAUAUUCCAGUGUUGGCAUGUUGUGAAUCGGUAAAGUUUUCAGACAAAGUGCAAUUGGAUUCGGUUACGAAUAACGAGUUAGCAGAUCCUGAUGAUUUGAUAGCCAAAGAUAGCAGAAACCCGCCCCAGAAGAAAAGUUUUGCCUUGGAGCAGUUUGUGAAACUGGCACAUUCCGGGAAGGAUAAGAAGGAAGUGGUUAAAGAGAAUGAAGAUGGUCCCUUGCAAAGUUGGAAAACCCUUCCAGCAUUGAACAUUUUGAAUAUAAUGUAUGAUUUAACGCCCCCGGAGUAUAUAAAUAAAGUGAUUACUGAACUCGGCGCCUUGCCACCGUCGUCAGUGCCUGUCAUUUUACGAGAAUACAAAAGUACAUAG